AUGGCAAAAAACCUCGAAAACACAAGUUAUCGGAAGCUGGAUGUUGAUGCUUUUGAUCCAGAAAAAUUUGUGGAUUGUGAAGAUGCGGAAACUCCCGGAAUUGGACCAGAUGAACGACUUGUUAAUCAGUUAUUGCAGUCGGCUAAGUUGCAAGAAGCAUUAAAAGCGUCAUUAUCAAACCCCCCAUUAAAGUGUAAAAACCAGGCGAUAAAAGAUCGUUCAACCGCUCUAGUAACAAAAGUUUUGAUGAAUAUAAAAACUGCCGAUAUCGAAAGUGUGGUCAAGAGCUUAACAGAUGAUGAAGUAAACCUUCUGAUGAAGUUCAUAUAUAAGGCGAUGGAUACUCAGGCUGAUAACGCUACUUGUCAGUAUCUCUUGUUAUGGCAUGCUCAGGUAUUAGCUCGUGGCGGGUAUGGUGCUAUAAUUCGUGUAUUUUGUGAUCGACAAAGGUUGUGA